UUCAAUGUAAACAAGUUAGUGCUCGCUUUCAGUGUAAUUAACCGGUUUGUUAAUGGCAUAUUAAGUAUCUAAUAUGUCGAAGAUAGCAAAAAAUACAAAGAAGAGCACUUGGACUCCUCUUACAAACCAAGCAACUAACAAUAAGAUUUUCGAAGAGAGAAGAGUGCUCAUAGGAAAAUGGUAUGACCGAUGGACGGAUGACCAGAGGAAGAAGAUAUUGGAUGAUCUGGUUUCCAAGAGCAAGAGAAAACAGCUGGACUAUGCUAGAGAUCUCAUAAACCGCAGAGUCACAGAAAGACAUUUAGACUUCACACGCACACUGCCAAGAGUUAUCUCCCUCUACAUCCUCUCGUUCCUGGAUCCACGGAGUUUGUGUCGAUGUUCACGGGUCUGUUGGUACUGGAAAUUCUUGUCGGAACUUGACCAGCUGUGGAUGCCGAAGUGUUUACGACUUGGGUGGAUUUUAACGUUUAGCCCGAGCCCAUAUGAGGGAGGGGUAUGGAAGAGAAACUACGUGGAAAACAUCAAAAGUCUACAGGUGCUGAGACCAAAGGAAACGAUGCACAUCGACCUCGCCAAUAUGCACAUGGACAAGAGGAACAUGAAGGAGAAGAAGCACAAAUCAAAAGAGACACACACGUUGCCAUGGCGAGGGUCCGACCCAGUUCCGCAGGACAUCUGGCGUUACAACGUCCUGUCCAAUGAGGACGAUGUGCACACAGUCAACAAGUGGAGAAAGAUGAAAGCAUACGGGUCUGCUGUUGAUGCAUUUUCUAAGAGUAUGCGGCGAAGUAAAACAGCGACCGGUCAAAGUCUAAACAGUUUUACACGUCGCUCGCAAUCACUGUCUAAACUUCACGCGUCAGUGACUUCAAUGACCUCUCCCGACCGACCUCAGUGGGCCAUAAAGACGUCCCAGCUGAUUGGUCGACAGAACGGCGAGGUUUCCGCUGUAGUCCGGCCGAAGCCAGUCAGCACGCCGAAGACCCCGAGAUCUGCACGAGCUUUAACUUCCACGCGGUCCGAGAGAGAUCCUCCAACCACAGAUCUGUUUCCCGACAAGCCAUGGGUGGUGCCAGACCAGAUGGAAUCCGAUGAAGAUUAAAGGGAAGUAAUCCAGUUCCGCUUAACAUCCAGCGGUUUUACAUGAACAGUGUUGAAAACACCUUCACUUAAAUCAUUCCAUAAAAAGAUAUAUUAUUAUGGCAUUAGAUGAAAGCAGAAACAAAUAUUACAAAAUAAAAUAGUUAUUUUAAUUAUUAUUGCAUUUAAAUGGAAACAGAAAGACAAUUAACUUGUUAAUACAUGUAUAUCAAGUUUUCAUUUCAAAACAGGGCUCGAACUUAAUGCAGGCACUGACAGCAAUUACUCUUAACUGCAGUGUAAAUUACUGUGGGUCAGGGGACUGUGUGUGGGUGUAUGUAAUUUUUGUUUGGCAUGCUUCCAUCAGAGAACUGUUCAAGCACGCCUGUCGUGAGCACAACCGCUGACUUCGCCAGAGUUUUGUCCAUAUCAGGGGUCAGGAGUCUUUACUAACAAAAGUUUUAUUUGUGUCGAUGAAUGAAAAAUAUAGCCAUCAGUGGAAGGGAUAUUACUGGUUUUUAAUUGUUUAUUUGUUGCAAACAUUACCGAUUUAAAAUUGCUAUAAGUUGGCUGAAAAUUGUCAUAUUUCAGAAUUUUGCCGGUGGCAAAAAACUUUCAUAAUUGCUGUAGGCAACACAUUCCUAAGUUCGAGCCUUGUUAUUAAUGUUAUAUUAUUAUUAUUACAUUUAAGCAAAAAGAGAAAAUCACUGGUUGAUACAUCAUUCCAUAAUAGUUGUUUAUUAUAUUACUGCAAUUAUAUGGAAACAGAAAAAUUGCUUAUUAAUACAUGUACUUUGUAUGUCAAGUAUUUUUAAAUAUAAAAAACUUGUAGAACCAGUUUUUUAAAAAUAAAAUGUUUUCAGUACUUAAAAAACACUUUGUCUUUAAGAAAGCAAUUUCUGUACUUCUUGAAACAAUGUUUUACUUUGUUUGAAAGGAUCUUUUGUAGUGUUUACUUUUAUUUUACAACUAUGAAAGAUACUUGUUCUUAAUAUCUUUUUAUAAAUGGAAAGAAUAUUGAUAAUAAAAAUGUAUUUUUUAUGUUUUUUAUUGCUGUGAUAAAUGUUUCAUCUACCUGCAUUCCACUCUAUUAUAUAUGAUAUUUAUUUUUAUAUACAUGUAUUAUAUUGUAAAUGAUCCGAAUUGUAUGAUGUAAUUAGAUCAAUUAUAUGUAAAUGUAUGGAGCAAAUGUUUAUAGUCAUCUUUAAAUGGGUAGAAUGUAUAUUAUUAUUAUCCAAUUAAGUUUCAAGCACGCUGUCCUGGGCACACACCUCAGUUGUCUGUCCAGGACAGUGGGAUAGUUGUUAGUGGUUAGUGAGAAAGAAAAGGGUGUAGUGGUCUUACACCUACCCAUCGAGUCAUUGAAACUUGCACUGGGUGAGAGCCAGUACCAUGAUGCGAACCCAGUACCUACCAGCCUUAUGUCUGCUGGCUUAACCACUGUGCCACCAAGGCCAGUUGUAUUACCGGUAUUGGUUUUGACUACAAGGAUUCCACUAUGAGUGUUUGUUGGUAUGGGUUUAUUUUGAGAGUGUUGUAUCCAUUUAGGAUGCCAUGGAAUAUUCUGAAUUUAACCACAACACUACCACUGGAUUCAUCCAUGUAUGUACCGUACAUGUGUGUGCAUAUGUGCGUACAAUGACGAGGGUAGAAUCGGAGGAAUAAUUAUUGUCUCUUUCAGGAUUGUUUGUCAUUUCUUUUACAUUUAUUGGGGCAUGAACAAAACAAAAAUCACCCGUAAAAUGUGUGAAUCGGUGAAGCCGUUUCUCACAUAAGUUUGCAUAUUAUUUUUUUGUUUUUUGAUACCCAGAUGAAUGUAAAAGAAAUAACAGACAAUCCUUAUAAUUAAAUUUGAAUCAUACUUGCUAAUAAUAACACUAAAAGUUUAUACUUUAUUUUGGUCCAUAAACAAUAACACUUUACAAGACAACUUGUCCACAUAAAACGACGUCGUCAGAUAUGACGUUCCCUGACGACAUAAUUUUUAAGUUCAUCAAGAAAUUAACAAACUUCCAUUGUUAUGUCUGAACCAAUGGGAUGACAUUAUAUUGUAAUGAAUGUAAGGGAAAGUUAAUUAUUUGUAUAUAGUCCCAUACUGCAGUGGUGUUUUUUAUGGGGGUGUUUUUUUUAGAGAAAAUGAACAACCAUACUAUUAUUGUGUUACCGAAAAAAGAAGAAGAGUGAAAUGGAAAGACCGAGAAAAAGAAACACGUGUAUUUUAAUUCAUAUUGCUAACAAAAACUGCACUGAUUGGCAUUUAAUUUCUUGUUUUUUUAAGGCAGCACAACACUGGAUUUUAAUUGGUUGCUUUUUGCUUUGUGUAACAUUUUAGAAAAAUACAUUUAAUAAUAAUUUAAGAUUUUCUAUCUGUUUUGAAAAAUAUAAAGGUUGUCUAAAUCUGUUACUUAGCAUUUACUUUUUACAUUUUAUACUUAAUAUUCUUUUAUUGAAAUUGAUACAGUGUAUAUUCAGUUGGCAUAAAAAAAAGAUUAUUUAUUUGUAGUUAUUGAAGAGAUGAACUUGAGAUACAUAAAUCUAGGUCAGAUAGUAAUAGCAUUAUUUAAAAAUUGUAAUGAUCUGCUGUGAUCCCCCCCCCCCCCACCCCAUUCUUUCACUGUCACCAUGAUGUAAUUUGACUAACCGAAAAUUUAAAAUUUACAUUAACUUUGUUUUAACGACACUUUACCUGCUACAUUUUUGUAGUUUAUAUAAACCAUUUAUGUGUCACCAAAAUCUUUUUUACAAGUAACCCAUUUCAUUUUGGGUUUAUUAAAAUCAUGUAUUUGACAUAAAUCUAAUGUCUGAAUGAAUUAAAAAGGAGAUGAAAAAAAAAAAAGUACCAGGCAAAUGAAAUUUUCGUGCUCAGAAUUUUCAGUUAAAACGUUUUGCUUAACACCACUUGAGCAGAUUGAUUUAUUAAUCACGGACUACAGGAUGUCAAACAUUCAAUAAUUCUGACAUGGUCUUCUAAGAAAACCCGCUACGUUCUUCUUCCGUUAGUAGCACGGGAUCUUUUAUUAUCUGCUUUGUCUUAUUGUGGUAUUGCAUUUUCUGUCCGUCCAUGUCAGUCCGUAAAAUGUGCAUUUCAGGGCCAUAUCUUUUGUAUCAUUUCAUAUUGGAUCAUCAAAUGUUACAUGCAAGUACAACUUGGGAUGGCAGUGUGUCGCAUACCGUAACUAGGUCACUAUGACCUACUUUUGAUGCAUUACUGUACAUUAAAGAAAAUCGUUGCCAGGGCAAUACUUUCCUUGUCAAUUCAUAUAAGAUCAUCAAACCUUACAUGCAAGUACAAGUUGGGAUGGCAGUGUGUCACAUACCAUAACUAGGUCACCAUGACCUACUUUUCAUGCAUUGCUGUACAUUAAAGAAAAUCGUUUCAAGCAAUACUUUCCUUAUCAAUUCAUAUAAGAUCACCAAACCUUACAUGCAAGUACAACUUGGGAUGGCGGUGUGUCACAUACCAUAACUAGGUCACCAUGACCUACUUUUGAUGCAUUGCUGUACAUUAAAGGAAGUCGUUGCCAGGGCAGUAUCAUCCUUAUCAAUUCAUAUAGGAUCCUUGCUCGAUGCGAGGUUGGUCUGGGAUCGAUCCGCGUCGGUGGGCCCAUUGGGCUAUUACUCGUUCCAGCCAGUGCACCACGACUGGUAUAUCAGAGGC